AUGUACGUCAACAACUGCCCCGCCCACGCCACCGCCUCGUCUCGCCGCGGCGGCGGCGCCUGCGUCGCCCGCGGUUUCCUCCACCGCUUCUCCUUCCAGCCGCUCAGCGAGAACCCGCUCCUCGGGCCCUCGUCGGCCACGCUGCAGAAGCUGGGGGCACUUGUAUGGGACAAAGUUGUGCAGGAGCACCAAGGAUGGAGGCUCCUCACCUGCAUCUGGCUGCAUGCCGGUGUUGCCCACCUUCUAGCAAACAUGAUCAGCCUCGUGCUCAUCGGACUCAGACUUGAGCAACAGUUUGGAUACGGUAUGCACAGCUGUAGGAACUUAACACCGCCCGGCUUGAGUAGAACUAUGUCUGAUCUGGAUCUGCAUUCCCGUUUCCUUACGGUGAGAAUUGGCAUCAUCUACCUUGUUUCUGGCGUUGGAGGCAGCGUGCUCUCAUCUCUGUUCAUCAGGAACACCAUCUCUGUCGGCGCUUCUGGAGCUCUGUUCGGACUCCUUGGUGCCAUGCUGCCCGAGCUCUUCACCAACUGGACCAUUUACUCAAACAAGGCUGCAGCCCUGGUAACCCUCCUGGUCGUCAUCGCCAUCAACCUCGCCAUCGGCAUCCUCCCGCACGUCGACAACUUCGCGCACAUUGGGGGAUUCCUCACCGGCUUCCUCCUGGGGUUCGUCUUCCUGAUGCGCCCGCGCUACGGGUGGAUGCAGCGCUACGUCCUGCCCUCCGACGUCAAGUACACCACCAAGAAGUACCUGGCCUAUCAGUGGGCUCUGCUGGCCGUGGCUUCGGUCCUCGCUGUCGUCGGGUUCGCCGUUGGGCUGGGGAUGCUUUUCAGAGGAGUGGACGCGAAUGACCACUGCGGGUGGUGCCACUACCUCAGCUGCGUUCCGACCUCCAGAUGGAGCUGUGGGAAGUGA